UAUCUAUUCCACAAUUUUAAUAUCUUAUCUCUUGAGAUCCCAUUAUUUACGGGAUCUCUUUAUAGCCCAAAACGCUCUCUAAGCCAGUCGUGAUUCUUGGACGCCGGGCAGCCGUCCGAACAACAACCCCGCGAUUCGCUCGAUCCCGCAGCAACACCGCAACUGCCCCUCGUCUCCCGUCUUCCUUGCUUAACACAUCGCCAGCGUUUCGCAGCAACCUCCCAACCCGCUCAUUCGCAAACAUGGCCAUCAACUCAGCCCCCGAGACCUCCCUCCUCUCCCUCCUCUACCGGUCCUACCCCGCCGCCAUCUCGCCUGAUGCCACAGAGCCCGACCUCCUGCACGCGAGCCCCAAGAUCUUCCCGCAAACCGAAUUUUCCACCUCCGAGCACGCCGAUAUCAAGCAAUGGCUGACGACAAUCUCGGGCCUCCAGGGCGCCCUCACCCGUGAUGACAAGGAAGCUAUUUCGCAGAUCCUCUCGCAACUGAACGGGCACCUGGCCUCGCGAACGACCCUGCUCGGUACCAAGCCCUCUGUCGCUGAUAUCUCCGCGUAUGCCCUUCUGGGACCCGUGGUGGAGAAAUGGACCCCCGAGGAGCGCACGGGUGAGAAAGGAUACCACCACAUUGUGCGUCAUGUGGAUUUCGUGCAGAAUAGCCGCCUGUUUGGAUUGCAGAUCCCCGAUGAGGAGAAGGUUGGCAUUGACUUGGAUGAUGUGCGCUUCUUCCCCAAGCCCGUCGACCCCAAGGAGGAGAAGGAGCGGAAGAAGAAGGAGAAGGCUGCUGCCCAGAACCCUGCUGCCGCUGGCGAGGCGAAGACUGUUGUUGUCGGACAGGGCAAGCCUGAGCAGGCCAAGGGCGAAGAGGCCGCUGGAGGCAAGAAGGAAAAGAAGGACAAGAAGGAGAAGAAGCCCAAGCCGGCCAAGGCUGCUCCUGCACCUGCUGCCCCGCCGUCGCCUUCCAUUAUUGACCUGCGCAUCGGUCACAUCCUGCGCGCUGUUAACCACCCCAACGCCGACUCGCUCUUCGUCUCGACCAUCGACUGCGGUGACGCCCCCGGCACCGAGAACACCUCGUUGGACGAAGCCACAGGCAAGACCGUGCGGACUGUGUGCUCCGGUCUGAACGGCCUGGUUCCCCUGGAGGAGAUGCAAAACCGCAAGAUCGUCGCCAUUUGUAACCUCAAGCCCGUGACUAUGCGUGGCAUCAAGUCCUGCGCCAUGGUCCUCGCCGCAUCUCCCCGCGUCGCUGAGGGUGAGGACUCGCACGCCGGUCCCGUCGAGUUGGUCAGCCCGCCUCAGGACGCACCGGCUGGUGAGCGCAUUACCUUUGAUGGCUGGAGUGAAGGCGAGCCGGAGAAGGUACUGAACCCCAAGAAGAAGGUGUGGGAGACUUUCCAGCCUGGAUUUACGACUAUGGAGACCUUGGAGGUUGCGUUUGACAGCAGCGCUGUGCCGGUUGUGCAGGGCCAGGAGGGUAAGCCGGCUCUGGGCAAGCUGCUCACUGCGUCCGGUGGUCUUUGCAAAGCUAAGACCUUGAAGAAUGCUGCUGUUCGGUAGAACUGGUUAUUAAAUAUCUUACGUGUUGAAUGUUAUACGAGAAAUGGAUCGCAUUUCACUUUUAGUGUAAAAAGCAGCUUAGGACAAGCAUGUAACUUGACUUUCAAUUCUUAAUAUCCC